UUCAUCGACCAAACAUGUUCAAAAUAAUCGCAAUUCUUUCUGCAGUUAUCGUAGCGAUACAUGCUCAUGAGGAACAUCAUGUAAUAUCUAAAUGGUUAUUGAAGAAUUCAAAUCUGAACUUGAAUAUGAUUUUUUUUCAGGCACCAGCUCAUUAUAAAUUUGACUACGGUGUACAUGAUCCUCAUACUCAUGAUGUAAAAUCUCAAUGGGAACAUAGAGAUGGAGACCACGUGAAAGGAGCUUACACCCUGAAAGAAGCUGAUGGUACCACCAGGUUGGUGGAAUACACUGCUGGACCUCAUUCUGGAUUUAACGCUGUUGUGAAGAGAAUAGGUCAUGCUCAUCAUCCAGCUCAUUAUGGUCACCAUGGUGCUGCCCAUCAUGGUGGACAUGGAGGAGACAGCUUUGUUGGAGUGACACACUGGGGAUUCAAGCAAUAAGAUACUAUGAACAAUCGCAUGAAUAUCUAAUAAUUGUUGAUUAGUUCGUAAUAAAUUUUUAUAUCGGA